AUGCAGGACAAAGGAUGGUCCGAGGAGCGCAUCAAUGGAGCCACAGCCCAUUGCCAGAAGAACCAAGCCAAAGGCUACAUUAGAAAAUCGCUCUACGAUGACGAUGUGUUGUAUUGGUGCAACAUGAAAGUCAAAGGAAAGAAGAGGAACUUCAAGAAGUCCUUCGUGCGCAAAGUGAUUGAGUACGACGAAGCCGCCGAGGAUAACGACAACCGCCUGGAGUGUGAUUUUGAGUUGGGGGGAGGCAGCGACGCUCCUGCUGGCUCCAACGCCCAGCAAGCCAAGUUGCCUCCGGCCGAGAGCGUUGAUCCGAAAUUGUUGAGUUGCUUUCCGGAUGUUGAGAGGGCCAGCAGCCCUAUUAUGAUCUACGACAAAGCUGUUGCAGCGGUGGACAAGCGCAUCAACAAGUUGGUUGACCUCCAGGAAGAGCUAGAGAAACGGAUCAUGUCUGACUUGGUCGAAAAGAUGCUUGCGAAGGUUGCCAGCUCCGUCGACAAACUUCGCGAGGAGGAUGCGGAGCUGACUAGGCUGUAUAAUUCUGGGAUCAUCGACGGUUAUUCAACUGAGCUCCUUUGCUGCUAA